AUGUUGCCUGGUAUCAAUUUCCCCACUAUCAUCGUGACCCAGCAUACGGGAAAAUUAAUCACGACAUUUAGAACAGCCAUGCGCAUCACAUCCAGAGCAUCCUACCGUGUUCUCUCGCCAUUGGGAACUGCUAUAGCUCCCCACCUGCUCAUUGAUCAACUGCCCUACCUAGCCACUCGUCAUGAGUAUACAGGCUUAGAUCUCUGGGACCCUGAUUACUGGGUCAACUACAAAAAGAAUGUCAAAGAAUUGCUCGGCAGACCAUAUGCUCGUCGCUUUUUGUCACUUGGUGGAAUCCUAUGGUGUUUAGCUCUUCAGUUCGGUCCAGCUGACCUCAUUGAACAUGCUAUUGCAGGGCCCUCCUCAGAUGCUACUAACUGGGCAAGCGGGGACAUGUCAAAUGGUUUGUGUGAUGAUAUGGUAACACCAGUGGACAAAGGCAUUCUUGUUGGCUGCAGUCUCCGAGGAUCUGAAAUGUGCUGGCCCCCCUAUGAUCUUUGGGAUGCAUCUACUGGGUGGACAGGGUGCUGGUCUAAUGAUAAUGAGUUGUGGUUCCAAUCACACCUCUCCAAUCUCUCAGAUGGUAGACUCGAUGCUCCAAAAAGUCACCAAGUCUGGAGAAAACUCUUUAAGCCAGCUCCAGCAGUCAUGUCGCAAGAUCCAGCCCAUCGCAGGACUGACCCAUUCACUCAUCCUGUGUUCAGUGAUUUGGGUCAUUCUGUAGAUCACGAACCUUGUUGGGACCUGGCGCAAUAUGAAUGA